AUGGCGACCAUCGUAAACACGACGGAGGAGGAGCCGAUGCUGGCCGUGGUCCGCUUCACCGCCGAGCUGGCCUGGGCCGACGCGGGCCCGGAGGUCGCGGACCCCGAGGUUACCCGCCUCUGCCUCGAGGCGCAGGAGCACAUCCUCGCGGGGCGCUGGCUCGACAUGGCCUCUCUCAUGCUCGCCUCCGCCGACCUGCUCCUCACCUCCCCGUCGCGCGUCGCGGACAAAGAUCUGGAGUGUGUUCUCUCCGUCAUCUGCAGCCUCGUCACCAAGGCCGGAUCCGAGGAUCAGGCGCUGCAGAUCACCGACCUCAUCUGCGCCAAGCUCACCCAGCAGCCCGGCGACAAGCCAGCGUUGCGCCUCAAAGUUCUUUUCAGCUUGUACAAUCUUCUCCCAAGCCCCUACGGCAAGGCAUUUGUUUACAAGAAGGCUCUUGAGCUCGCCACGGCUGGAAAGGCUGCCGAGUACAUCAUCCCAUCUUUCAAAAACAUCGACAUCUUCGUCAGUGAGUGGGGAAUUGGCAAUUUAGAGCAGAGGGAACUCUACCUUUCUGUCACCAGCAUCCUCAAAGACCACAAGGGCAUGGCUAAGGAGUACUUCAACUUUCUCAACAAGUACCUUGCCACAUUCAAAGGGUCAGAUGAUGAAUCAGCUACAAUUGCUGAUGCAAAGGAAGAGGCUGUUGCGGCGAUCGUCGAGUAUGUUAAAUCGUCUAAUCUCUUUCAGUGUGAUUUGCUCAACAUGCCAGCUGUUUCACAGCUUGAGAAGGACGAAAAGUAUCAGUUGGUUUAUGAGCUUCUAAAGAUAUUCCUUACUAAGAGACUUGAUUCCUACUUAGAGUUUCAGAGUGCAAACUCUGCCUUGCUGAAAGAUUAUGGACUCGUCCAUGAGGAGUGCGUAACCAAGAUGCGCCUCAUGUCUUUGCUUGAUCUGAGCAGCCGUUGCUCUGGCGAAAUCCCUUAUUCUGCAAUCACUGUUGAACUUAAGAUCAAUGAUGACGAGGUGGAGCAAUGGAUUGUAAAGGCAAUUGCAUCCAAGAUAUUGGAUUGCAAGGUUGACCAGCUUAACCAGACUGUCAUCGUCAGUCGGCAUACGGAGAGGAUCUUUGGGAUGGCACAGUGGCAUGGUCUGCGCACAAAGCUUGGAGUUUGGAGGGGAAACAUUGCCAGUGCUAUCAACACAAUACAAGCUAACAAAGUCACUGAAGAGGGGACACAAGGGAUGCAAGGCUUGAUGAUCCGCUGA